GAUCCGGACUUCAAUGCAUUGAAAAUCCUUCACCCCUUUUCGCAAACAACAACAUCAAGUCAGAUCAUUCACAAUAGCACUUGGAUCAUUGCUGCCAUCCCGACUCAAAAUGCCGCCCAGAAGUACCUCGACUCCGAACCAUGAUACGGACACGGCUUUCGGACGGGCACACCCGAACCUGCAAAAGACACUGAUAGCGGCAUGUCAAGCUUCAGGACCACUGCUGAUCGGCACGAUAUUAUGGAGUGCAGGAUUCAUGAAACGACCAAUGUGGGAAAGGGCCUUGCUGUGGAGGGCGUAUCUCUGGACUUACAUCUCGAGAUGGGUGCUGGUCAGUUGCGCGAUCACUUGGACUUUGGCUGGAUGGGGAAACCAGAAUGAGGGACAGGAACAGGCACAGGAGGCGGAGGACUAAGAGUUGUCACACCAGCACUGACUCACAGCAACAUUAUGGACUGGCAUAUCAGAUACGCACGGGGAGAUGAUAUGGCGAUGAAUACGACAACAAC